UACAGAACACACUUCAAAAGCAAUGGAAUCUCAAAAACUUCAUAUACUUUUUGUUCCAUUUCCAACUCCUGGCCAUAUGAUUCCCAUGAUAGACACAGCAAGACUAUUUGCCAAACAUGGUGUUAACGUUACCAUCAUUGCUACUCAUGCCAAUGCUUCAACAUUCCAAAAAUCCAUAGACACUGACUUCAAUUCAGGAUACUCCAUCAAAACUCAACUUAUUCAGUUCCCUUCAGCUCAAGUUGGUCUCCCUGAUGGAGUUGAAAAUGUCAAAGAUGCAACUUCCUCAGAAAUUCUUGGUAAAAUCUCUCGAGGAAUAAUGAUGCUACAACAUCAAAUUGAGAUUAUGCUUCACGACCUUGAACCAGAUUGUAUAGUCUCAGAUAUGACUUAUCCUUGGACCAUUGAAUCAGCCGCAAAACUUAACAUUCCAAGGAUUUAUUUUUACAGUUCAAGCUAUUUCUCCAAUUGUGCUAGCUAUUUUGUCAGAAAGCAUAGACCUCAUGAUGAUCUAGUUUCCGACACACAGAAGUUUACAAUUCCUUGUUUGCCUCAUACCAUUGAGAUGACACAAUUGGAGCUAGCUGAUUGGAUUAGGGUUAAAACUUCAGCCACGGGUGCAUUUGGUGCCAUGUUUGAUUCAGAGAAAAGAAGCUAUGGAACACUAUACAAUAGUUUUCAUGAACUAGAAAGUGAUUAUGAGACACUUAGUAAAACUACAAUGGGAAUCAAAUCUUGGAGUGUAGGACCAGUUUCGGCAUGGAUUAACAAUGAUGAUGAAAGAAAGGCCAAUAGGGGAAACGUGGAGAAGAACAUCGGAAAAGACUCAGAAUUGUUAAAUUGGCUUAAUUCAAAGGCAAAUGAUUCUGUGAUCUAUGUAUGUUUUGGAAGCCUUACCAGGCUUUCUCAUGCACAGAUUGUUGAACUAGCCUAUGGACUUGAAAAUUCAGGUUCAAAUUUUAUUUUGGUUGUUAGGGAAAAGGAUAAAGAUGAUGGUGGAGAAGAUUUUUUGCAUGAUUUUGAGAAAAGGGUGAAAGAAAGCAAUAAGGGCUAUGUCAUAUGGAACUGGGCACCACAGCUUCUGAUAUUGGAUCACCCUGCAACAGGUGGAAUUGUGACUCACUGUGGUUGGAACUCGAUUCUUGAAAGCUUGAAUGCUGGUUUGCCGAUGAUCACAUGGCCAAUGUUUGCUGAGCAAUUUUACAAUGAGAAGUUGCUUGUUGAUGUUUUGAAGAUUGGAGUUUCAGUUGGAUCAAAAGUGAACAAGUUUUUUUUAAACAUCGGUGAAGAGAAAGCGGCGAGGCUUAACAUUGUUGAAGAGGUAGUGGUGAAAAGGGAAGAGAUAAUGAAGGCUGUUGAAAUUUUGAUGGGAAGUCGCGAAGAAGGAGAAACAAUGAGGACGAGAGCUAAAAAGCUUUCUGAUGCUGCCAAGAGCACUGUAGAGGAAGGUGGACAUUCUUACAACAACUUGAUUCAGUUGAUUGAUGAGCUGAAAUCAUUAAAGAUUGCUAGAGGACUUGAAAAAACCAGAUUAGAUAAUUGAAUUCGAGCAUUAAUCAACGAAAUUAAUUUAAUGUUCUUGUUCUUGGCGUUGCAGCUGGUGUGUGAUUUUAUUAAGGUUUUUUAUUUUGUAACAUAAUGAAUUUACAUCCAAGUACUUUUGAAGCAAUGAAGCUAAUAAUUCUCUAGUACUUUUGAAACAUGAUGAUUUUAUUUUUACUUCU